AUGGUCACAAAAACGCAAACCUCAACCCUUGAAAAGGUCAAGGGUGAAAAGAGGGAACGAAAUGGUGAUCAAGCUGACAUUGAAAAUGGAAAAGAGAUGUUAUCUAGCAAGUUAAAAUCUUGGAUUGAACACCUUGGCAUAGAUGUUGCUAGUUAUGAGGAAACAUUAUCAAAUGUAAUAAAUAAAAGUAAACAACGAUAUUAUAGAGUUCGAAGUGGAGAGGAUAAAGAUGAGAACUCUAUCAUAAAUUGGCUUAGGGAUGUUGACAUUUACGUUUCAAGUGGUAGUAUACCAAAGUCGGCGAUUGGAAUUGACUCUUCCAGCGCCGCAGUAGUCGACGCACUGAAACUGGGAAGGAUUCCCGAGCAAGAGUUGGAUGUAUGGAUAUUGGACAUGUGCUGUGCUCCGGGAGGAAAGCUCCUUGCAAUGAUAAGUAGUCUGGAAAAGUUUUCUGAUCGCAAUCGCAAGUGGAAUGUUGUAGGCUUAGACAUGGUAAAACGCAGGUUAGACGUAUGUAAAUCGCUUCUCAAAAAGGAAAGAUUCGAUGAAUCCAAAAUAACAAUUAAACUCAACUGCACAGAAUCACAAGAAUUCAGAGAACUGGACGGUGAAUCAAUGAUUGGUAAAUUUGAUAGAAUAAUUCUGGAUGUUGAAUGUACACACGAGGGAUCGCUUAGGUCAGUCGCUAGAACCUUGAAAUAUUGGGGAGUUUCACCUCUGGAAGAAAGAUGGACGCGAGAAAAUGCUGAUAAAAUCGUGCUUAACCAAAAAAGGUUAUUAAGGCAUGCCAUAUCACUGAUUAAACCCGGAGGAAUUAUCGUAUACAGUACGUGUUCGCUAGAUGUCCAGCAAAACGAACUCCUAGUUUCAAGUGUAAUUCAAGAAUUCGACAAUGUUAAAUUUUUUCCCAUUCCAAUUAAUCAGUGCGACUGUUGUUCACCUACAAAAAGGAUUGGAUCAUGGCCAAUAAUACCAUCAAUAUCCCCGUCAAAACCAAGUUACCCAUAUGAAUAUUUCUACAAAUUUAGUAAAGAAGAAAUGGAACUGUGUAAAAAUGCAUCUUCUCCAGUUGCUGUAAGAUUUAAUCCGGUGGGUUCAACCAGCGAUGGGUUAUUUAUCUGUAACAUUAUAAAGAUACUAUAA